UAUUUGUAAUUUAAUCUCUUUUAUGGUCACUAUAUUUACAAAAACAUUAUUACAUGGAAUAGUUUUUUGUUUUAUGAAUUUUCUUUUAAUGGCUAGUUAUGCAAUGUUCGUCUACAAUUCUUGCGUGCAUUUACCUAAUAUUGAUGGCUCUUCUUUGACAAUGGAACUUUUUCAAAGAUCUAGACAACACAAAAAAUAUUCAGAUCAAAAGAAUGUACAAAAGAUAUCAAUGUCAAGUUGUAUUAAUCCAUGCAAACUUCAUAACGGUAUCAGCAUGGGCAUAUUAAUUGUAAGUUAUUGUCCUAUUCAUACGAUAAGAAUGAUGGGGAAGGAUUUUUGUGAUGAUCCUUUUAAAUUGUACAAUUCUUCAGAAUCUCAAAUCGUCUCGGCUACAGGUGCCUUAGCUUUCUUUAUAACCUUGGCACAAA